CACACCGAGCGCUGGAGGCUCCGCCGCGCCGCCUGCCAACCCGGGAUCUACCUCCGUGAUUUUCUAGCCCCGUUUUUUUUUUUUGGUUUUUUUUUUAUUUUUUCCUCCCCCAUCACCCGUUUUCCUCAAUCUUGGAUAAUUCUUGGGGUGCUGGGGGAUUUUGGGAUUUUUUUUCUAAGAGGGGGGUGCCUGGGCAUCUCCCCCCCGCGCCCGCUGCCUUGGUCCACCUGCCCUUGCGCCUUUUUUUUUUCUUUCCCCCUGUCUCUCCACCAAACCCGGGCUGAUGUGCUGUGCGAGAGGCUGGAAAUGGAAGUGUUGAUGCUCUGGCUUUUCCCCUGGAUAUUUCAGUGCGUUUCGGUGCGGGCGGACUCCAUCAUCCACAUUGGUGCCAUUUUCGAAGGCAAUGCUGCCAAGGACGAUGAAGUGUUCAAGCAGGCGGUGUCGGAUCUGAACCUCAAUGACGACAUCCUCCAGAGCGAGAAAAUCACUUACUCCAUCAAGCUCAUAGAGGCCAACAAUCCCUUCCAUGCGGUGCAGGAAGCCUGCGACCUGAUGACCCUGGGCAUCUUGGCGCUGGUGACGUCGACGGGCUGCGCGUCGGCCAACGCGCUGCAGUCGCUGACGGACGCCAUGCACAUCCCGCACCUGUUUGUGCAGCGCAGCACGGGCGGCUCCCCGCGCACGGCCUGCCAGCUCAACCCCAGCCUGGAGGACGAGGAGUACACGCUGGCCGCGCGCCCGCCCGUGCGCCUCAACGACGUCAUGCUCAAGCUGGUCACCGAGCUGCGCUGGCAGAAGUUCAUUGUCUUCUACGACAGCGACUACGAUAUACGGGGACUGCAGGGCUUUCUGGACCAGGCCUCCAGGCUGGGACUUGAUGUAUCAUUACAAAAAGUGGACAGGAACAUCAGCAGAGUGUUUUCCAACCUUUUCACCACCAUGAAAACGGAGGAGCUGAACCGCUACCGGGACACCUUGCGCAGGGCCAUCCUCCUCCUGAGCCCACGGGGAGCCCAGACUUUCAUUAAUGAGGCUGUGGAAACCAACCUUGCAUCAAAGGAUAGUCACUGGGUCUAUGUAAAUGAGGAAAUCACUGAUAAUGAAAUAUUAGAGUUGGUGCAUAGUGCUCUGGGGAGGAUGACAGUGAUCCGGCAGAUUUUCCCUCUGGCAAGGGACAACAACCAGAGGUGCAUGAGGAACAACCACCGAAUAUCCUCGCUGCUCUGUGAUCCACAGGAAGGCUACCUUCAGAUGCUGCAGGUUUCCAACCUGUACCUGUAUGACAGUGUGCUCAUGCUGGCCAAUGCUUUCCACAGAAAACUGGAGGACAGGAAAUGGCACAGCAUGGCAAGUCUGAACUGCAUGAGGAAAUCCACCAAACCCUGGAAUGGAGGAAGAUCCAUGCUAGAGACUAUUAAGAAGGGCCAUAUAACUGGGCUGACUGGUGUUAUGGAGUUCAGAGAAGAUGGAGCCAACCCCUAUGUCCAAUUUGAAAUACUGGGCACCAGCUACAGCGAAACAUUCGGCAAAGACGUGCGGAGGCUGGCGACGUGGGACUCUGAGAAAGGCCUGAACGGCAGCCUCCAAGAGCGGCGGCUGGGCAACGACCUGCAGGGAGUGACGCUCAAAGUGGUGACUGUCUUGGAAGAACCUUUUGUGAUGGUGGCAGAGAACAUCCUUGGGCAGCCAAAACGAUAUAAAGGAUUUUCCAUCGAUGUCCUGGAUGCACUGGCCAAGAAUCUGGGAUUCAAGUAUGAGAUAUAUCAAGCUCCUGAUGGCAAGUAUGGACACCAGCUCCAAAACAGCUCCUGGAAUGGCAUGAUUGGAGAACUCAUUAACAAGAGAGCAGACCUGGCCAUCUCGGCCAUCACCAUAACGCCCGAGCGGGAGAGCGUGGUGGACUUCAGCAAGCGCUACAUGGACUAUUCCGUGGGCAUCUUAAUCAAGAAGCCCGAGGAGAAGAUCAACAUCUUCUCCCUCUUCGCUCCCUUCGACUUCGCGGUGUGGGCCUGCAUUGCGGCGGCCAUCCCCAUCGUGGGCGUGCUGAUCUUCGUGCUGAACCGCAUCCAGGUGGUGCGGGCGCAGGGCGCGGCGCAGCCCAGCCCCUCCGUGUCCUCCACCCUGCACAGCGCCAUCUGGGUCGUGUACGGAGCCUUCGUGCAGCAAGGGGGUGAGUCCACUGUCAAUUCUGUGGCGAUGCGCAUUGUCAUGGGAAGCUGGUGGCUCUUCACCCUUAUUGUGUGCUCUUCCUACACAGCAAAUUUAGCAGCAUUUCUCACAGUAUCAAGGAUGGAUAAUCCCAUAAGAACAUUUCAGGAUCUGUCCAAACAAAUGGAUAUAUCUUAUGGCACAGUCAGGGACUCAGCAGUGUAUGAAUACUUUAAAGCAAAAGGGACCAACCCUUUGGAGCAGGAUAACACAUUUGCUGAACUGUGGAGGACUAUCAGUAAGAAUAAUGGGGCAGAUAAUUGUGUAUCAAACCCUUCUGAAGGCAUCAGGAAGGCAAAAAAGGGAAAUUAUGCUUUCCUGUGGGAUGUGACAGUGGUGGAAUAUGCUGCACUGACAGAUGAUGAGUGCUCUGUGACAGUCAUUGGAAACAGCAUCAGCAGCAAAGGAUAUGGGAUAGCACUCCAGCAUGGAAGUCCCUACAGAGAUCUUUUCUCCCAGAGGAUCCUAGAGUUGCAAGAAAGUGGAGAUUUGGAUGUUCUUAAGCAGAAGUGGUGGCCACGGAUGGGACGCUGUGACCUGAAUAGCCAUACCAAUGCACAGACAGAUGGGAAGGCACUCAAGCUGCACAGUUUUGCAGGAGUUUUCUGCAUUUUAGCAAUAGGCCUUCUUCUUGCUUGCUUGGUGGCAGCAUUGGAGUUGUGGUGGAACAGCAACCGUUGUCAUCAAGAAACACCGAAAGAGGACAAAGAAGUGAACCUGGAGCAGGUGCACAGACGCAUGAACAGUUUAAUUGAUGAAGACAUAGCCCACAAGCAGAUCUCCCCAGCGUCCAUCGAGAUCUCGGCGCUGGAGAUCGGGGGCAUGCAGCCAGCCCAGACCCUGGAGCCGGUGCGCGAGUACCAGAACACGCAACUUUCUGUCAGCACCUUUUUACCAGAACAGACAACUCAUGGUGCCAGCAGGACACUGACAGCUGCCUCGGGCAGCAACCUGCCGCUGCCCCUGAGCAGCUCAGCCACCAUGCCCUCCAUACAGUGCAAACACAGGUCACCCAAUGGAGGACUAUUCCGGCAGAGCCCCGUGAAAACCCCGAUCCCAAUGUCAUUCCAGUCCGUGCCGGGGGGAGUCAUCCCAGAAGCGAUGGAGCCCUCGCACGGAACAUCCAUAUGAUGAAAACAAACAGUACAAACAACCAGCAGAGAUUUUUAAUACAAAAAUUUAAAAGAAACAAAAAAAAAAAAAAAAAAAAAAAAAGAAAAAGAAAAUGAACUCUUACGUUUUUCUUGUAUAUACUUGUAAAUAAUGAAAGAAUGAAGUGGGGUAAAAGUGUAUUUUGAAUAUUCCCAAUUUUCGAAGUAAGUAAAAAACAAAACAAAAAACAAACAAAAAUGUAUGAAUGACUUUGUAAAUUUUGUUCUAUAUGAAUAAAAAGGCAAACUACUUGUGGUCGUUCUCAAGUGCCAAAGAAGACCUGUUACUGGGACUGAGGGCCAUACUUUUCUUUUAUUCCCAUGGAUUUCAACACUUAUUCCCUUACAGGUAUGGUUUUUUUAAGAGCAAAAAAAUUAUCUCUUUCUUGCUAGAAAAAUUCACCAUGCUCAGAUUUCUCCUUUCCCCAGAACCCUGUUUUAUAGCCAAGAUGACAAUUCACUCAGAGAACUUAGCAGCUGGUAUUAGCAUAGCAGUAAAAAAUGCUUUAAAGGUGAAUUAUAACUCAAAUCCAACAAACAAUAAACAGAGAAUACUUUCCUUCUAACAAGGAUUUACACUUCCACACAGUUUCUAAAUUUAAGCACAGGAUUAUUGGAUUGUGGUUUUACUGUCUGCUGUGCUGUGUGGCUCUUUUUAUUUAACUUUCUGUGUUUUGUUAUACAUAUAUAUAUAAUAUAUAUUAUAUAUUUUAUGACGUAUAUAUUAUAUAUAUAAAUGCUUUGAUGAACAACAAGUUUUAGGUUAAGGGGAAAGCUUUUAAGAAGAACUGCUCAGCUCUUUUGUUUCUUGUGUACAUGACUGAAAAUGGGGAGGAACCAAUGGAGUGAGGCAAGGAGGAACUGUAAAGGCAGGAGAUAAUGGCACUGCAGUGCCUGUGCCCUCUGGUGCCAUCUCUUUCUUUAAGAUUUCACUGAAUUUUUUGUAUAAUGGAUGCAAUGCUCCCUGUUGAAAUCAUAUCCCUGAAUGACAAGACUAUAAGCACAGCUCUGCUUUUUUUCCAUUGAUUUUGUAAAGAGAAACAUUUUAAUGGCCAUGUCUAUAAUUGUGGUAGAAAAAGGCUGUACAAAGCCUUUUUUUUAAUCUGUAAAACACAGAGGACAAAGAUAGAACAACGCAUAUAGCUUAUUUAAUGUCUUGUCAUGCAAAUAUUACCAGUGCAAUGUCGUAUGACAAGAAAAAACCAAACCAAAAAUCUAACACAUUGUUUCCUUCCCAAACUGAAAUUUAAAUGCCAAACAUAAUGGAUCCCUGUUCCCCCUCCUACUCUUCCUGGACCAUCACUCUCUUUCAAAAUUGGGAUAAUUUAAUGUCUUCUCAAAUUUAUCCCUAAUACUAGAUUGUAAUUUCCCUUUGCAGUUGGAUUUCUUCCUUCAGUUUAUUAGAGCACUGCUAUUUGGAAAAGGCUGUAGAUCCUGGUGCGGCAAAAUCACUGUCUACAUUAGGGUGAAAAAUUCUGUUUGAACAGAGGUAAAAAUGCAUUCACAUCCCAGGAAAGUCAGCAGGCAAUCUGGGUCAGGUUUUUGGGUAAAUAAACAUUCCAUUCACUGCUCCUAAUUUGAUUUGCAUAAUUACACAGCACGUAUAUUUAUGGGGUGAUUAAAGUCCCCACAUUUUUACAUUUCUACUUGAAGCAGUAGGGAGGAAAAGUCAAACUGUGACAUAAACCCAGCCUUAUGGAAGAGUAUACUCAGCCUAACACUUUUUAAAUGAGGAAUAUUGAUGAUGGGCUUACAGGAGGAGUACUCUUAGAGGAAUUCAUUUUUUCUAUUGUCAAGCUGGUUUCUCAUGAAGAUGGUGCAAUUUUGUAGCUUGGCACAAAUUACACUAUUUGCUGACUGGAUUUAUGCUAUUUGGAGGUUUAGCCCACAAAAACUUCGUAUUUUUUUUUCUUCUUUUGUCACAUUGUUUUGUUUUUUUUUUUUUUUUUGGUUUUUUUUUUGUCUUAACAAACCUAUGCCACAGGAAAAAAAAAUCUUCUAUAAAAACACUAAUUAGUUAUGGCAGAAAUAGCUGCACUAAAAGACUAUGUACACACAGAAAUCUGUAAAAAUGCUUUGGAGAAAGAGUGCAAGCAUUUGUGUUGGAAAAAUCUCUCAUUUUGUGACCAGUUUAAGAUUCUAGCUGCAGCAGAGGAGCAUGCUGCAGAAAAGGCGCAAGGAGGUGCUUGAGUGGCCACAAGGGUGUGAUCUGUUGUGGCACGCAAACCUGCUGGAGGUGUCCUGAGCUGCUGCUGUGCUGUUACUCACAAAACAUGCUGCUGACUUGCUGCAGCAAAGCCCAGAGCAGGGGCUUGAAACCCUCUUUUACUGAGGCAUCUUUGCUUUCAUGUUUGAUCUUUUUCAUAUUAUAGACUAAAGCACUGUAAUUUUAACUGACCUGCAUUUGUGGAAAAAAUUGUGAAUACAAUAUAUUUUGGGGAUAAACUUCAGCAUUCUUCGUAUUCAGUGUUCUCCUCCUGGCUUACUCUUGCUGUGUGCUGUAAAGUUUGGAAGUGUGCUCUAACUUAUCAGUGAUGUCAGAGCUCCUUUACUCUCAUGCACAGGAUGUGACUCACCUGUUUGAGUGCUUGGCAGGACUACAUUUAUGAUGAGCAGCAUCUUGAAGAAUCAAACCACGCAGCCCUCUUUCAGAAAAGCAUUUCAGCAUGUGUGAGCCCUGUGGGGUGCACCUGCUUUAUGCACAGGUGAAGUGCAUUGCUGAUUGAUGGUGGAGUUAAAACACAGGUCUCAAAUUAAAUAUGUGCCUAAUUUUAAGCAGGUGAGUGAGCUGGCCAAACUCCUUGGGAGUACUCAGCUGCUUUAAGUUAACCUUAAGUUUUGAGUGCUUUGCUGCACCAGGGUCUACACUGCAAAACUAGGAAUCUGCAAUGGAUCUCUCACUGUCUAGUAAUUAUUUCUUUAUAUAAAAGUUAGCAAGUCAUAGGUUGAGCCUGUCAGCCCUGACAGGAAGCUGUUAAAUCCUUCAUGUGCUAGUGGUUCGGUUUUAGAUUAUUUAAGCAAAUCACCAGGUUCUCCUUGAACAUAAACAAUGUUUCUUUCCCCAUAACUUUCAGUUUUGAAAGUAAAUGCAGAAUGUAUGAUUUUCA